CAGUAGUGAUUGGCAUGGCGCUUCCUAGGCUCCUACGCUUUCCUCCUCCUCCUACCUCCCCAUAGUACCCUCGGACCCCUCGUCUCCUGACCUUUCGUCUCUUCAUCAAGAUCCGCCGCCGAUCCCGAUCUAGUGCUUGCCUGCACGGCACCCCACGAGGUCCACGGCGCAGGCUCCUCCUACGAACUCGCCUGUGCCUUGGCGGCUUGGUCUGUCGUUGGGUACCCUUACCCAUUCCCCAAAUCCACACCCGUACGUUUGGGUCGGGUAUGGAGGGCAUCCCCAUCGUUACCCGUCAUCCCGUCCCCUUCGACGGCUCCUCCCCAUCGGCUUUCGCCUAGCCGCCGCGCCUCUUCUGCCGACCCCGUCGUACUCGCCCUCUGCGCAUCCCCACAUGAAGCGCGAACCUCAGCCGCGACAGUAGUGACCUCGCGGCCGCGCGAGCACUGAAGCAUCGGAGGCCCCUCCCGGCAUGAUCUAGCGGCGCAAGAACACUAGGUUCUGCUGGAUCAGAGGAGGAGAAGGAGCAACGGGGAGGAGCGAUCAGCAAGCAACCUGCGACGAGUUCACGGCAGGGGUUAUGGAUCCGAAAGAGAAGCCGGAGACAAACAGUGGCCCGCCGCAACCGCGGCUGGACUGCAUAAAGUGCUUCGACGCUCUAUGGUUCUGCUACUCGCCGUUCCACCAGAUGCAGAGCUACUACCGGUAUGGGGAGUUUGACAACUGCUUUGGAAAGUGGGGCACGCUCGUAGACUGCCUCACUCUCAAGACAAAGCGAAUUGCAGAGGUGGAGGAGAUCCUCGUCGCUCGGGAGAAGGCAAAGCCGCACAUCUGGACCUACCGGACAGUCGAUGAGGCGUCGGAGCACUGGUGGCGGAUGUACAAGCAUGUUGUGAUGAUGUCUCCACCGCUGCCAGGUGCUGCCCACCCUCCUAAGUCUGGUGAAUCUUGAGAGUUAAGGGGAUUUAUGCAAGUUCUUGUUUGUGUUUAUGUUGCAUUGUGAUAUUAACAACGACUUGAGUUGAAGUCUGAUUGUAAACUACGUAUCAAAGAAAUGGUAUCAUGGAGGUUGAAAAACUACAGCUGAAGAAUGAUAAUAUGAAUGCAUUUUGAAUUCAGUGCA